CCACGCCUCUUUGUGAGUGAUUCGUUAGAAAACAAUGAUGUUCGGCUUUGGGGAGGAAGGAGCGAUUCUACAGCAAGGCCUGGGUUUGUAGUCGGGACUUGGAAGAUCAGUAGUGUCGCAACACCCAGAGACCCUGAAGUAGUAGUAGUAGUAGUGGUGGUGGUGUGGCGUGGGCGAUAAAGACGCACCGAGACUACUUUCUCCACCAGUGAACGAGACUGCCUGUUCCUCCUCCUUCUCACUCUGAUUCUCCACGACCUGCUCCAGAGUCAGUCGAGAGCUCGCGCGGUGUUUGGUGUCUCCUCGAGAUCUCCGGACGCGCGCGCUCUCCCGCAUCACUUAAAUGGGCCGGCGGAGUGCGUCGGUGCGCGCGCGCUUCUGCAUUCUCCCUAAAUGGACCUGCAUCAUCAUCAUCUGAUUGUACUAUCCUGUGUGUGAAAGGUCCUGCUGUUGUUGCGAUCGGGCUUAUUUAGGGAACAGGUGGAAAGGAAAAAGGAAAAGAAACGAAAGAAACAUGAGUGGCGGAGAAAUUAUCUGCCAGGGUUGGCUGAGAAAAUCCCCACCGGAGAAAAAACUUCGAAGAUACGCCUGGAAGAAGCGCUGGUUUAUCCUACGCAGUGGGCGCAUGAGUGGGGACCCAGAUGUUCUGGAGUACUACAAGAAUGACCACGCCAAAAAGCCCAUUCGCAUUAUCGAUCUACACUGCUGUGAGCAGGUUGACGCCGGACUCACUUUUAAGCGCAAAGAGUUCCAGGACAGUUUUGUGUUUGAUAUCAAAACAGCCGAACGAACCUUCUACCUAGUGGCAGAGACGGAAGACGAGAUGAACCGCUGGGUUCGUUCCAUCUGCCAGCUUUGUGGAUUCAACCAGUCUGAAGACAAUCAUGAUGAUAGGCCAUCUACUACCCACAUGCUUCGCUCCAUGGCUGGUGACCUCAGCAGUUCUCUGGUUCCUCUGCUUGGUGAACGCAAGACGACUGUGCCCUCACACUCCAGCCAACCAAUGCUGUUCACCUUUGACAUGCCAAUUCGCCACUCCCAUGCACCCCUGUCUAACAGCGCCCCACAGGACUACCUCCUUCUUCACCAGUGCAUGAGCAGGAAGAGUGAAAACACUCGAAGUGCCAGUUUCUCACAGGCACAGCGUGGCAGUUUGUUGUUGGGCAGUGACUCAGCAGUGCAGCGUAUAGCUCAUGGUGUCUCGCAGUGUAUAAAUGGGACUGGCUCUCAGCUGCAUGGCUCCUACAGCCUCCCCAAGUCCAACAAACAGCAGCUUGGGGUGCAUGCAGAUUUAUCCGGGAAGGCCUGUUACGCACUGCCUCGAGCCCACAGUGCCGAGGAGCCUUCGGACCUCGAAGCUGAAGAAAUUUAUACGUAUAAGACACCCUGUAAUGCUCUUGCCACUGCGCAAUUCAAUGACCAGCGCCCUCCAGACAAUUAUGACCUGCCUGGCACACCUGGCUCUAUCUAUCAGAUACCUCGCACAUUCGAUAGAAACCACAAUGCUCUGACGCCAAACAGUGCAGAUUCAACUGGUGGCCACCCACCCCCCAGGCCACCAAAACCUAGCUUGAACUCGGAGACACGCUGGGGAAGCCCACAGUCAAUUGGAGGACAGAAUGGAGAAGUGGCCAACAUGUCCGUCAUCCCACGAAGGAACACACUUCCAGCUGUAGAGAACAUCAAGCUUCACAGAGGAUCCUCAUUUGAGACCAGCAAUCAGCGUCCACACUAUUUUAAUAACUCUGGUCAAUCUGUAGAAUCUGUCAACGAUGGCUUCAGCUCGUACCUGAGAGAAAAACCUCCACUUACUCGCUCAGACAGUGGAAAUUCUGACGACAACUAUGUACCUAUGAACCCUGGCUCUUCCACCUCCCCUCUCAAUGCUGCCCUAGCUGACAGCCCCAAGAACAACUACAUUCCCAUGAGUCCUGGUCCACACCACUUUGACUUCCCAGGAUUCUCUGCAACUCUGCCAGCCAGGAAAGGCAGUACAGCGUCAAUGUGCUACAGACCAGGCCGUGUGAGUGACGUCACACCUCCACCAAUCAACCGCAACCUUAAGCCCAACAGAAAAGUAAAACCAACGCCUCUGGAUCUGAGGAACAAUGGCAUCAUUGAUGAGCUUCCUUUCAAGAGCCCUGUUACACUGUCAUGGAGCAGACCUGUGCCUGUUAUGAAUUCCAUCUCUUCACAACACUGUCGACCCAUCUCCACGCAGAGCAUCACCAGCACUGAUUCUGCAGACAGUGAAGAAAAUUAUGUGGCAAUGCAAAACCCAGCAUCUACCUCGCCAGCAGUAAGUGGUACCAGCAGCCCUGCUUCUAGGAAAGGUGGUAAUGUUGACUACUUGGCUCUGGAUUUCCAGUCUGGCUCCCCUGGUCCACACAGAAAGCCUUCCACGUCUUCCGCGACAUCAGAUGAGAAGGUUGACUAUGUCCAGGUGGACAAGGAUAAGACACGGGCCCUUCAGAGCACCAUGCAGGAGUGGACGGACGUCCGGCAGGCCAGUGAGCCGGCCAAAGGCAUUAAAUCCUGACAGAGUGCUAACAUGCUAAUUCUGGCAGCACGAUGAAACACACUCUGCACGUGGGCCUCCUUAUCACUUCGUUUUCAGACUGGUGUGCCAUGACAAGGGACCUUUCAUCUUUUAGCAAAACACAAACAUACAGCAAGACAUUAAGCAAUGCUAUAAAAUGGAACACAAAGCCAUAACAAUACCAUGGAGGGGAAAAAUAGUCAUUGAUCAUCAAGGAACUGCCUUGCUUCUUAACUAUGGACAAGUAUUAAGCCCAUCAUUUUCUGAAAUUGUUGUUUCAUUGUCAAUCGGUAUGGUAUACAUAAAAACAAAUGUGCUUUACUAUGCAUAUAAAAAUUCCUUGUGUCUUAUAAAUUGUUUGACUGAAAAGGUACUAGUUUCCAUUUUGUACAAAUGCUCCAGGGAAUACACAGAUUGACAUGAUUCCAAAAGUUCUCAAGUACAGCCAAUUAGAUAAUAGCAUAAUAAAUUGUUAAUAAUGUAACAUUUUCUAAAAUUAGCUUCUUUGAUUUUUACAAAGUCAUAUCAUGUUGGCUAGUUAGCACUCUGAUGACGUAUGGUAGCAUCAAACUAAAUAAAGCAAUUCAUUUUAGUCAGAACAGAAGAAUUAAACCUCUCAUUCCAAGGAACUGAAUACUUGCUGCUGUUUAAUGCUCCAAAACUCUGUAUUCUGAUUUAAACCAAAAGUAGCUAUGUUUAAACUCCAUGGGUAUUUCUUCCUGCAUGGUCUUUGGAUAAAAAAAAAAAAAAGGAAAGCUAAACAAAACAUAGUGCUCUAUAUGUUUGGAUCUGUAAUCGUAUCUAUUUACAAAGCAUUAUCUUUUCCAAAUAAUGAAUAUGUCCUCGGUUUCAUCGUAAUCGCAGAUUGAUUUUUUUUUUUUUUUAUCAAGUAACCUUUUUAUAGCACCAGGUAGAAAACAUGCUACUGUAAAUAUAGGUUGAUACUAACUCUUAUGUAAUAAUUGUCAUGUGCUAACUACUGUAGCAUUAAAAAGAUGACUGUACAUUUGAGGAUAUUCCCCAAAAUACAUUAAAAACCAAUUAAACGUUAGAAUAUGAUAUUUGACAUGCGAACGUUGCAAUGUGAUAAACAGAAGGCAGACCAUGUAAUCACCAAUUCAAUGUGUAUGUGUACAAACCGUCACAGGUUAUUGUUUUUAACAAUUUACAAGGCACAAGGUGCAGAUUGAUCUUUCUGUGAAUCGUGCUGCACAUUUGCGUUGUCUCCCUGAUUAUUGAAAAUGCACAUGUUUAAGUACCAAUAAUCUUUCCCUUCCCUUGUAAACUAAAGCCUCGUAUUUGAAAGAAAAUACCAAAUAAGAACCUCAGAUGAUGCAGUUGCAGCAUGAGUUGCAUGCAGUUGCCUUUUAUAUUUGGGAGUGCAAUAUGGGCCACAGAUAUCACUGAUUGGUGGAAAGCUAUCUGUAGUGCAGUGUUAUCAAUACUAACAAAUGGGUGCUGCAUGGAAGUUAAAUAACAGGGUUUUUUUUAGUUGAGUUGAGUGAGCUUACAAUAACUGCUUUCCAGUCAAUUUGAAUUACAGUCUGUCUUCUAUUGAUUCUGCGAAGACAGAAACCUGAAUAACAUUAUCUAGUGGCUAAGCAAACAUGAAGCUCAGCGAAAAAUAGAAAUGGCAAAACUGGUGUGCGGUAUAAAGAACAAGCUUUUCAAUUUAUGAAACUAUAUUUAAACUAUGUAGCUGAGUUGUGUAUUGAGAGAUCCAGCCAUGCAGAUUUAGCUUAGCUAUGCAUGUUCGGUGAGGAAGACGAUGAAAACAGAUCGCUCAUUCUCCCUGUAGAGACUUAGCAAUAAAUUGAAUCCGCUUGUCCUUGCCAAAUGUUUUGCUAGUGGACACAUUUUUCGUUCAUGCAAUUUUGGUUUUCAGGUAUAUUAUCAGAAAAAUGUAGAAAAGACAGUAAAUAUUGAAGUGGUUUUCAAGGGCGAUAUGACUGAUGUGAUGUGUAUAUUCUCCUCCAGUUUUCAUGGCCAUAUUUAUUAAAUGGUGCAGUUGUGUGCCAGGAGAAGUGCCACUCUAGUCUUUAUUUAUCAGACGUUAAAAAAACCGCACAGAUUUUUUUUAAUAGUUUUUUUUAUAUACAUCAAUAAUUCAUAGAAUGGUUUAUCUGCAUAGUAUACAGCUCUGGUGUUUCUAGUCUGUAGGACUAGUUGACCAGCACUAAAGCAUUUUCUGACCGACUUGUCAUUCCAGUCAAUCAUUUUUGGUGCAGCUCCGUGUAAACUCUGUGAACUCCAGAUUAAUAUGAGGUCACGAAUGUGCAUAAGUGGGACAUUUACUGUGAAAUGUUCAACAAAGUAUUUUGAAAUGAACCAGGUGAAUCAGUUACAGCUGUACUGUGUCAAGAAAAGGUUGAAUUGGAAUUUACUGCAGUAAUGAAGAGUAUUAUGUUUUAAAGGGCAGAAAGCAGAUCCAGUUUCUUUAUUACUGAUUAAUGCAUUACUUUUGUCUAAAGACGCAACAUGCAGUUUCUAUUUAAAAGCACUGUCAUACGAAGCCUUCAGAAAAAACAAAACAAAACAAAAAAAUCCCUCAGUGGAGCUACUUGGGAGGUUCUACUGUAAGCUACUUUUUAUUUAUUUUUUUUAUUAGCAAGUGUUUUAGCAUAUUAGCAUACUCUGUUUUGGUUUUCAAUAUUUAUGGCUUUCUCAAGAAAAACAAACAAGAAACCUUUUUAGAUUUUUCUAAAAGGGCAAGCUAGAAAUUCCAAAAUAUAAAUUACAUGCCAUUUUAAGAUGUCAUAAAAUGGCAUUAACAGAUUGAAAGUGUAUAUGCCAGGCCUGAACUGAAUUACAUAUGCUUUACAUCAAGGAAUUUUUUCUAUUUAUUAUUAGAUAAACACUCCAAUUCAGGUGGACCUUUAAUUUAAUUUAAGAUUACUGCUUUUUGUCAGCAUAGAUUAUGGGGCUACUUUUUUGUAACACUGAUUUUGGAAAACAUUGGAGAUGUACUUCUGUGGUAACGGUGCACUGGCAUUGUCCUUCAGCAAUCUGUGAUUCUGCUGAAAGGCAGUGAGACUGAAAUCAGUUAUUCUCCAUGCCAUUUGUGUGUGCUAUAAGUGAAAUGUGUAAUGUGCUGUCCUGGGAGAGCAUGUGUAAGUGAACUGAAUAUCUAUGUUGUGUUAAUGUGUAUGUUAUAGUGUGUCGGGUGAAUUGCUCUCUGAGCAAGAUAGAAAAAAAAGUUUUCUUUUUACUGAGUUUUCUCAAGUAAUGUACACUUUGUCUUAUUUCUACAAUUACUGUAAAGCCUUUAUACUCAAUUGCUUGUGAAUUAAUUUAUUAAUUUAUUACGUGUGUUCACAGGAAGACAAUUCCUUGUAAGAAUGACAGUUUGUGGCUCUACUAACAUUAAUUUAUGCUACGCAUCUUGAUCUUUGUGAAGCAAUAUGCCAAGUAAAGCCAGUAAAUGGUCUAAUGUGGUACUUUUGGGAUACAAAUAAAAAUGUCAUUGUUAUUUCAUGAUAUUAUAUCCUCAGAAUGUUGACCAAUAAACUGCAGUUCAAACACCA